AUGAAUGGUGCGGCUUUGUACAUCAAGAAGCAAAAAGAAGAUGUUUUCGUAGUUAGCUUAUAUGUAGAUGAUAUCAUCAUCGCAGGAAACAAUGUCUAUCUCAUCAACACACUCAAGGAGAAUAUGAAGAAUGAAUUCGAGAUGACGGAUCUUGGAUUGUUAAACUACUUUCUUGGAAUGAAAGUAAUCCAAGAUAAUCAUGGCAUAUUUCUUUCACAAAAAAAAUAUGCAAACAAACUUAUUGAUAAAUUUGGCAUGAAAGGAAGCAAGAGCAUUAGCACUCCACUCACACCGAAAGGAAAAGAAGUUGAAGAUGACAAAGAGUAUGGAGAUCCGACUAAGUAUAGAAGCAAUGUCAGAGGGCUUUCGUAUUUGUGUACAUCAAGACCUGAUGUGAUGUACGCAAGUUCCUAUCUCUUAAGAUACAUGUCAUCACCUCGCGUGAAGCAUUACCAAGAAGCCAAAAGGGUGUUAAGAUAUGUCAAAGGAACAUCAAGUUUUGGAGUAUUAUUUAUAAGUGUGGAUACACCAAAAUUGAUAAGAUACUCAGACAGUGACUGGGGUGGUUCUACGAAAGACAAGAAAAGCACAUCAGGUUAUGCUUUUAAUCUUGGAUCGGCUAUGUUUUGUUGGCAGUCAAGUAAGCAACAAACUGUGGCUCAAUCUACAACGGAGGCAAAUUAUAUUUCCAUAUGUGCAGCAACAAACCAAGCAAUAUGGUUACAAUGA